AUGUCAAAUCAACCUCCCAACCCAGACAUCCUCCCACCACCACCACACCCUUCAACAAUGAAAGCCUGGCUCUACUCAAAUACCUCGGGCGGGUUGGAGAACAACCUCCACCUCGACCCAGCAGCUCGCGCACCCCCAGCCCCGCAAGGCUCCCAAGUCCUCAUCCAAGUCCUCUCCGCCUCCAUAAACCCAGCAGACUACAAAGUCCCCGAACUCGGACUCCCCGCGCGCCUAUACAUCGGCACACCCGCAUCCCCCGGGAUAGACUUUUGCGGCCGGGUCGUUACGACAGGACCCCUGGCGCGACACUUCCGCGAGGGAGAGCUUGUCUGCGGAGCUGCCGCGCAUCCGAUUAAAUUCGGUUCCCUGGCGGAGUAUACGCUGGUGACGGCGGAUCAGAUUGCGGUUGUGCCGGAGGGAGUCAAGGUUGAUUCUGCGGCUACACUGGGGAUUGCGGGACAGACUGCGUUGCAGAGUUUGGAGGGGUAUGUGAACGCUGGCGAUAAGGUGUUGAUUAAUGGGGCUUCGGGUGGAUGUGGGACGUUUGAGAUUCAAAUUGCCAAGCAGAUGGGGUGUCAUGUUACUGCGAUUUGCUCGACGAGGAAUAUGGAGCUUUGUUUGAGGUUGGGAGCAGAUGAGGUUCUUGAUUAUACGGCGGAGAAGGAUCUUGUGGGGACGUUGAAGACGAGGGGGGUUGUGUUUGAUCAUAUUCUUGAUCAUAUUGGGACGCCGGCGGAGAUGUAUUACGAGUGUCAUCAUUUCUUGAAGGAGGGGGGUGUCUUUGUGCAGGUUGGGGCGUCGAGUAUGACGACGCAGGCUGGGCGAUUGGCGUGGCCGGCGUUUUUGGGGGGUGGAAGGAGGAGAUAUGUCGUGUUGAUGUAUAAACCUGUGCAAAGGCAUUUGGUGCAGUUGGGAGAGUGGUUGCAAGAAGGUGUGGUCAAGGUGCAAGUGGAUAGUGUGUUUGAGUUUGAGGACGUGGUGAAGGCGUUUGAGAAGCUUCGCUUGGGACGGACGAGGGGGAAGAUUGUGGUGCAUGUGGGAAAGGAUAAAGGGAAUAACUACGAGCCCUUUGGGAUUGGGAUGUAA